AUGGAUUUCCAGGUCGUCGUGCUAGCCGGAGGCACUUCGAAAGAACUUGUCCCUCUCGUCUCCAAGGAAGUGCCAAAACCUCUGCUCCCUGUGGCGAACCGCCCGGUUCUAUCUUACGUGCUGGAGCAGUUAGAGCUCAGCAACCUCAAGGAUCUCAUUGUGGUCGUUGAAGGGGAAGAUGCAGCUCUCCGAGUUGGUGGAUGGAUUUCAGGAGCUUAUGUGGAUCGUCUGCAUGUUGAGGUUGCUGCAGUUCCUGAGGAUGUUGGAACUGCUGGUGCUCUUCGGGCCAUCACACACCACUUGACAGCAAAUGACAUUUUGGUUGUGAGUGGUGAUCUUGUUUCUGAUGUUCCUCCUGGUGCUGUUGCAGCUGCCCAUAGAAGACAUGAUGCUGUAGUUACUACAAUGCUCUGCUCUACACCGAUCAGCGGGCCCACAGAAUCAGGAUCAGCUGGUGCCAAGGACAAGAUAAAGAAACCCAAGCGAUUCAACAUUAUUGGGCUGGACCCUACAAAGCAGUUUUUGUUGUACAUAGCCUCAGGAGCUGAAGUCGAAAAGGAUCUUCACAUCCCCAAGACUAUUCUCCGUGCGGUUGGUCAGAUGGAUAUACAAGCCGAUCUUAUGGAUGCUCAUUUGUAUGCGUUCAAGAGGGCUGUUCUGCAAGAGGUUUUAGAACAAAAGCCAAACUUUCACAGCUUGAGACAGGAUGUACUACCUUAUCUUGUUCGGACCCAGUUGAAUUCAGAGAUUCUACUGAAUGGUACUCCACAAGCAGAAGAAAAUGGACAUGAGAAGUUCACUUCUCGGGGAAACCAAGCUAUAAUAUCUCAAAUAUUGGCUAACGCAUCUACGCCGAGAUUCCAUGAAGUUUACGAAUCAAUUCAUAAUGGAUCACCAACAGCACAAAGAACUCAUAAAUGUUGUGCUUAUAUUGCCAGCAACAGCAAGUAUUGUGUACGCUUAAAUUCCAUUCAAGCAUUCAGUGACAUAAACCGUGAUGUCAUAGGUGAAGCCAACCAUCUCUCUGGAUAUUCCUUCUCUGCUCAUAACAACAUCAUACAUCCUUCAGCAGAUCUGGGAUCAAAGACUACUGUGGGGCCUCAUUGUAUGUUGGGCGAAGGAUCAUUAAUGGGUGACAAAUGCAGUGUAAAACGCUCUGUUAUUGGUCGCCACUGUAGGAUAGGCUCAAAUGUUAAGAUUGUUAAUUCAGUUGUCAUGGACCAUGUCACCCUCGGAGAUGGCUGUUCAAUCCAAGGUUCAAUAGUUUGCAGCAAUGUCCAGAUCCAAGAGCGGGUUGUACUGAGAGACUGUCAGAUUGGAGCAGGCUUUGUGGUCUCCGCAGGCAGUGAGCACAAGGGAGAGUCCUUGGCAAGGAAAGAGAAAUAG